AUGCAAAAACCACAUCGGUACGCAGUGGUCGAGAUACCAUUUUCGGUUUUUAUAAAAAAAACACUAAGGUUCCUGAUUAAUGGAAAUUUGAUUCAAGGGCUGAUCCUCGGCGUAGUGUUCGGCACAAUAGCUGCUAUUGCAAUCAUCGUUGGAUACAUAUUUAGCCGACGGCAUCGCCUGAAUAUCUACCGUAUGCAUUGGAGAGUUACCAAAGACCAGCUGAAAAUCAUCGAAAACAAACAGGCUAAUUGUUUCCUGUUUGAGGCGAAUUUCAAAGGAUCGAAGGCUGGUGACGGUAUCUCUGGUAAACGACGUACUGUGGUUUCUUACGCAUUACUUGGAAGUAACAAGGCUGAGUUCAUUGCUCUAAAGCACAUAAAGAAGAUCAAGCCAGAACUGAAAUUCCUUUACGAGAUGCGACAGCUCAACCAUGACAAUCUUUCCACUUUUCUGGGGAUUUGUGCUAAUGAGAUUGACAAUUUCUAUAUUCUUUAUGCUCUUAUUGAUCGUGCUUCACUUGAGGACUUCAUCAAAGACCCAGAUUUCCCCAUUGAUGAUUUGUUCAGAUCGGCGUUCUUGAGAGAUAUAUUAAAGGGGCUACAGUACCUUCACAAGUCUCCAAUACGCUACCAUGGACUGCUGUUAACGAAAAAUUGCCUUGUCGAUUCCAACUGGGUACUGAAGCUGACACACUUUGGAGUGGCCAGUAUGCUGCAUGAGCUCGUCGCCGACAAAGUGUUGCAGUGCAUGCCAGAAUACCACCUCAAUCCCGAUUAUUUUCCGAUGUUUGCUCCGGAACUGCUCAAAGAGACUGGAAAUGGUGAUAACUAUCCUCGUGGUUCGCCACAAGGCGAUAUCUACAGUUUAGGCAUGAUACUAUACUGGUUAAUGUACAGAGAAGAUCCUUUCGCCAAAACGGGCCUUCGGGGCAAAGCUGUGAACAAAGCAUUUUCAACUUCGAAAGGAAACCUGGUGGACCAAAUGUUACGGAUGAACGAAAAAUAUGCGCAGAAUCUCGAACAGAUUGUGGCAGAACGGAAUGCUAUGCUACAGGAGGCUCAAGAGCAAACCAAUCGCCUUCUGAAUGAAAUGCUUCCAGCGUCCAUCGCGGCAGUUCUGAAAGAAGGCGGCACGAUACCUCCCCGGAGUUAUGAUGCAGCUACCGUAUGCUUCGUACAACUCUGCGAUUUUCCUGCACUAGUAAGGAAGAGCAGGUCCGAUGAGGUAAUCACCUUCCUUAACGACAUCUUUGACCGGUUCGACACAAUCAUCAAGAAACACGAUGCCUACAAGGUCGAAACUACGGGUGAGACAUACAUGGUGGCAUCAGGAGUGCCGAAUGAGAAUGAAGGACGACAUAUCAUCGAAAUAGCUGAGUGCAGUUUGGACAUCAGAGAGGAGUCCUACACGUAUGUCGUCCCCCAUUGUCCGGAUUUCAAAGUGCGUGUUCGAAUAGGGUUCCAUUGUGGACCGAUUGCUGCAGGAGUCAUAGGAAUACGGUCACCGAGAUAUUGCCUAUUCGGAGACACGGUUAACUUCGCAUCCCGUAUGCAGUCCAACUGUCCACCCAAUCAGAUUCAGACCAGUGAGGUGACCGCAUUGAGGCUGAUGAAUACCAAUGAGUACUCGUUGGUAAAGCGAGGGAUUGUUCAAGUGAAAGGAAAAGGUAACGCUUCGCUUAAAGCGUGCGUGCCUGCGCUUGUGAGAAUUCUGACAUAG